AUGUUCAAGGAUGAGGACCUUCAGAGUGAAUCUGGAGAUGAAGGAUAUGAAGAUUAUGGGAUGGAUUCCUUUCUGAAGAAGAUGGAGAAAAAAUAUAGCAAAAAUCCAAACAAACCAAAGGAGCGCUUUCAGGCCUUAGUCGACUACGGAUAUGGUUACAAUCAAGACGAUUCCUUCAUUGAUGACUCUGAAGCGUACGAUCAGUAUGUGCCAUUCGCCAUCACGACCGAGGAAGGUGGAUUCUACAUGAAUUCAGGUGUGCUGGAGUUCCGUGAUGCUUCUGACAACGAGGCUGAGGUGGAACAGCCCAAACCCACUCAGAAACGAAAACAAACAGAUGGAAAGGAACAAAAGAAGAAGAAAAAGAUGAAAUAUGAUGGAGAAGAACCCACCGAUGUACCCAUAAUCCCUCUCUGUCCUGCAUUUGUGGCUGGAGACCUGCUCUUGGGACCGGAUGAUCCCGUCCUCAUUGUUCACGGUGCACCAGGUACUGACGCAGACCUGACUGCUCAGCUGGUAACGGAACCAACCACUCAGGUUUGUCUUCCAGAGGGACUUCCACAAGAACUGCAGGAGAACAUCUCAGAUCUGCUGCUGCGACGCAUCGAUGUGUUUUCAUCACCUUAG